AUGGCCCAACAGUCAUCCAGGCUUCAGCGCUUGCUUACUCUCUUGGACACUGGAUCAACCCAAGCAACAAGGUUGACUGCCGCCCGACAGAUAGGGGAGAUUGCGAAGUUGCACCCUCAAGACUUAACCAGUCUUCUUAAGAAGGUUUCUCAAUAUCUGCGCAGUAAAAAAUGGGAUACAAGAGUUGCCGCUGCUCAUGCAAUUGGGUCCAUUGCUGAGAAUGUUAAGCACAUAAGCUUGAAUGAACUUAUUUCUUCUGUUGUAACAAAAAUGUCUGAGAGCGGGAUAUCAUGCAGUGUUGAGGAUCUGUGUGCAUGGCCUUAUUUACAAGCAAAAAUUACAGGAAGCUCAUUUAGAAGCUUUGAUUUGAAUAAGGUGCUUGAAUUUGGAGCUUUAUUAGCAUCAGGAGGGCAGGAGUACGAUAUUGGAAGCGAUAAUAUAAAGAACCCAAGGGAGCGUUUGGUUCGCCAAAAGCAAAAUCUCCGGCGCCGUUUGGGUUUAGAUGUCUGCGAACAAUUUAUGGAUAUCAAUGAUGUAAUUAGAGAUGAAGAUCUUUUGGCACAUAAAUCAGACCCGUAUCUCAACGGCAUGGAUCAUAAAGUUUUUACAUCUUGUUCUGUACAUAACAUUCAGAAAAUGGUUGCAAAUAUGGUUCCUAGUGUCAAAUCAAAGUGGCCGAGUGCUAGAGAACUGAAUCUUUUAAAGCGCAAAGCAAAAAAUACCUCAAAGGACCAAACAAAGAGCUGGUGCGAAGAUGGAACAGAGGCUUCAGGCACUCAAAAUUUGACUUCAAAAGGCACGUGUCCUGAUUCGGUAAAUCAUAGUAAGGCAUUCACACAAGUUAAUCACGACGAAUACGGAUUUGAGCAUGAUGAAGAUGGACAAUGGCCUUUCAGCACUUUUGUCGAGCAACUUAUUAUUGAUAUGUUUGAUCCUGUUUGGGAGGUACGGCAUGGUAGUGUGAUGGCAUUGAGAGAGAUUUUAACACAUCAAGGUGCUUCUGCUGGAGUGUUGAAACACAACCCAAACUUGGGUGGGACUUCAUUUGUGGAAUUAGAAAACAAAAAUACAUCAAACGUGUUGAAGAGAGAAAGGGAUAUUGAUUUAAAUAUGCAAGUUUCAGCAGAUGAUUGUGUCUUGAACAUGAAGAAGCCAAAACUUGAAGAUGUAUCAUUAUCAACAUCUAUGGAUAGCGUGAUGACUUGCAGUAAUGGAGGUGACACUGAAAACAUCAUUAGUUCUGAAACACAGGGUUGCACUUUACCUAUAGACUAUGGUAAUGGGAAAUUUGAUGGUAGUUCUGUUGACAUGAAUGUGGAAACUCACUAUGAUGGUUUACAUGAUGCAAACAAGCAACCUGCUAAUAUAGCAGAUCAGAAAGGUUAUUCUGAUGACCAAAAGAUUCUCUCUGGAAACCCUAAUAUGCUGAGAAAUCUUCCUCAGAAUUGUGAGCUGAUGAACUCCGUCAAAGUGGCUAGAAGUUCCUGGCUUCGAAACUGUGACUUUCUUCAUGACUGUGUCAUUCGCUUUUUGUGUGUAUUGUCACUUGACCGCUUUGGAGAUUAUGUAUCUGAUCAGGUUGUUGCACCAGUGCGUGAAACCUGUGCACAGGCAUUAGGGGCUGCAUUUAAGUAUAUGCACGCAGCACUAGUAAAUGAAACAUUGAACAUAUUGUUGAAAAUGCAGUGUAGUCCAGAAUGGGAGAUUCGUCAUGGCAGUCUUCUCGGUAUCAAAUAUUUAGUUGCUGUACGGCAGGAGAUGCUUUCUGAUUUGCUUGGACGUGUUCUUCCUGCCUGUAAAUCUGGGUUGGAGGACCCCGAUGAUGAUGUCCGAGCAGUUGCUGCUGAUGCUUUAAUACCAGCUGCAGCUGCAAUUGUUGCUUUGCAGGGUCAAACACUACAUUCAAUUGUGAUGCUAUUAUGGGAUAUAUUGCUUGAUUUGGAUGAUUUAAGUCCGUCCACUAGCAGUGUAAUGAAUCUGCUUGCAGAGAUCUAUUCUCAUGAAGAGAUGGUCCCAAAGAUGUAUAAAGUUUUUAAAUUGGAAGACAGAGAAAUUGAAAAUGGAGCCGGUGCUUCUGGUGAUGAUGUGGAAGAAAAUCCUUUUGUACUUUCAACUCUGGCGCCACGGUUGUGGCCCUUUAUGAGGCAUAGUAUCACAUCUGUCCGUUAUUCAGCAAUACGAACUCUGGAAAGGUUACUUGAAGCUGGAUAUAAGAGACGCAUGUCUGAGCUCUCUAGUGCUUCAUUUUGGCCCUCUUCUAUAUUUGGAGAUACCCUUAGAAUUGUCUUUCAGAAUUUACUAUUGGAAACAAAUGAAGAGGUUUUGCAAUGUUCUGAGAGAGUUUGGAGUCUCAUUGUUCAGUGUUCUGUGGAGGACCUGGAGACAGCUGGAAUGUCUUACAUGACUUCCUGGAUAGAACUUGCAUCUACACCUUUUGGUUCUGCUUUAGAUGCCUCAAAGAUGUUUUGGCCUGUUGCAUUUCCACGAAAAAGUCAAUUUAGAGCAGCAGCUAAAAUGAGAGCUGUGAGGAUUGAAAAUGAAUAUGGCGGAAAUCUAGGUCUUGAAUCUACAAUAUCAACUAUUCCACAUGAUAGAAAUGGAGAUGUUCCUACGAAUUCUGUCAAGAUAAUUGUUGGUGCUGAGGUCGACACAUCUGUAACUCGUACCCGGGUAGUUACAGCAACUGCUUUGGGAAUUUUUGCCUCUAAACUUCCAGAGGGUUCUUUAAAAAAUGUUAUUGAUCCACUGUGGAGUUCAAUAACCUCUCUUUCUGGUGUCCAGCGCCAGGUUGCAUCUAUGAUUCUUAUUUCUUGGUUCAAGGAGGUUAGGACCAGGAAUUUGUCUGAAAGCCUCAAUGGUAUUCCUGCUUCCCUCAAAGAUUGGUUGCUGGACUUAUUAGCAUGUUCUGACCCUGCGUUCCCAACAAAAGGUUCACUUAUUCCUUAUGCCGAGCUUUCAAGAACGUAUUCGAAGAUGCGUAGUGAGGCUGGUCAAUUGCUAAGUGCAGUCAAAUCUUCUGCAUUGUGUAAUGAUAGUCCUGCAAAUGAAUCUUCAAGAAAGAACACUAUGGAUGAUAUUGAAUCCUCAAAACAGAGGCUUUUGACAACUUCUGGCUAUUUGAAAUGUGUUCAGAGUAAUUUGCAUGUUACGGUUACAUCUGCAGUUGCAGCUGCAGUCGUGUGGAUGUCUGAGUUUCCUACUCGUCUCACCCCCAUUAUUUUGCCUUUGAUGGCUUCGAUCAGACGAGAACAGGAGGAAAUACUGCAAAUUAAGUCAGCUGAGGCUCUCGCUGAGCUAAUAUAUCACUGUGUUUCACGGAGACCUUGCCCCAACGAUAAAUUAAUUAAGAAUAUAUGUAGUUUGACUUGCAUGGAUCCCUCUGAGACCCCUCAAGCUAAAUCCAUUUGUUCCAUAGAGAGUAUUGAUGACCAAGGUCUUCUGUCUUUCAGAACUCCUGUGACUAAACAGAAGUCAAAGGUGCAUGUGCUGACUGGUGAGGAUCGAUCAAAGGUAGAGGGGUUUAUAAGUAGACGGGGAUCUGAGCUAUCAUUGAGGCUUCUGUGUGAGAAGUUCGGUGUUUUGCUCUUUGAUAAGCUUCCUAAGCUGUGGGAUUGUCUUACUGAGGUUCUUAAGCCGAGCUCCUCCGAAUCUCUAAUUGCCGCUAAUGAAAAGCAAGCUAUGGUAGCAAUUGAGUCUGUUAGUGAUCCUCAGACCUUGAUUAACAAUAUCCAGGUCGUGCGAUCUAUUGCUCCCUUCUUAAGUGAAGAGUUGAAGCCAAAGCUUUUGACACUUCUUUCAUCCGUUUUUAAAUGUGUGAAGCAUUCUCAUGUGGCAGUUAGAUUAGCUGCUUCACGCUGCAUCACUUCCAUGGCUCAGUCAAUGAUGGUGAAAGUCAUGGGCGCUGUGGUUGAAAAUGCUAUCCCUAUGCUGGAAGAUGCAACGUCAGUUCAUGCUCGACAAGGAUCCGGCAUGUUGAUUAGCUUUCUUGUUCAGGGGCUUGGUGUAGAGUUGGUACCUUAUGCUCCUCUGCUGGUGGUUCCCCUUUUACGAUGCAUGAGUGAUUGUGAUCAGUCUGUCAGACAGAGUGUGACCCAUAGCUUUGCUGCCCUUGUACCUUUACUUCCUUUAGCACGCGGUGUUCCUCAACCAAUUGGAAUAGGGGAAGGUAUAUCUAAAAAUGCAGAAGAUUUGCGUUUUCUGGAGCAGCUACUUGACAACUCUCAUAUUGAAGAUUACAAGUUGUGCACUGAAUUGAAAGUAACAUUGAGAAGAUAUCAACAGGAAGGCAUAAAUUGGUUAGCUUUUCUGAAACGUUUUAAACUUCAUGGAAUUUUAUGUGAUGACAUGGGGCUUGGUAAGACACUUCAAGCAUCGGCAAUUGUGGCCUCUGAUAUAGUUGAGCAUCAAACUCAAAUCACCAAUGAGGAUCUUCUGCCAUCUUUAAUUAUUUGCCCGUCAACACUAGUUGGACAUUGGGCCUUUGAGAUAGAAAAGUAUAUCGAUGUUUCAGUUAUAUCUAGUCUUCAGUAUGCUGGUUCUGCUCAGGAUCGAGUGCUUCUUAGAGAGAGUUUUUGCAAGCAUAAUGUUAUUAUAACAUCAUAUGAUGUUGUCCGGAAAGAUAUUGAUUAUUUGGGACAGCAGCUGUGGAACUACUGUAUUUUAGAUGAAGGACAUAUAAUAAAGAAUGCUAAGUCUAAAGUUACUCUUGCUGUAAAGCAGUUGAAAGCCCAACACCGCUUGAUAUUGAGUGGGACACCAAUACAGAAUAACAUUAUGGACUUGUGGUCCCUUUUUGAUUUUUUGAUGCCUGGGUUUCUUGGAACAGAUAGACAGUUCCAAGGCACAUAUGGAAAACCACUUAUAGCUGCAAGAGAUCCAAAGUGCUCUGCUAAGGAUGCUGAAGCCGGAGCACUUGCCAUGGAAGCAUUGCAUAAGCAGGUCAUGCCUUUCCUCCUUCGAAGGACAAAGGAUGAAGUCUUGUCUGAUCUGCCUGAGAAAAUAAUUCAAGACAGAUACUGCGAUUUGAGCACUGUACAACUUAAACUAUACGAACAGUUUUCUGGUUCUCGUGCAAAACAAGAAAUGUCAUCGAUUGUAACAACAAAUGAGUCAGCUGCUGCUGAAGGAAGUAGCAGUUCUACUAAAGCGUCUUCACAUGUUUUCCAGGCGCUCCAAUACUUGCUAAAACUCUGCAGUCAUCCAUUGCUUGUAAUUGGUGGGAAGAUUCCAGAUUCACUCUCUACCAUCCUUUUGGAACUAUUUCCUGCUGGCUCUGAUGUCAUUUCAGAACUUCACAAACUCCAUCACUCUCCAAAAUUAGUUGCUCUUCAUGAGAUUCUUGAAGAGUGUGGAAUUGGAAUUGAUGCUUCAGGUUCUGAGGCUGCUGCUGGCAUUGGGCAGCAUAGGGUUUUGAUAUUUGCUCAACAUAAGGCGUUCUUGGAUAUAAUUGAAAAAGAUUUGUUUCAGACACACAUGAAAAAUGUCACAUAUUUGCGGCUAGACGGAUCAGUUGAGACCGAUAAACGGUUUGAAAUUGUAAAAGCUUUCAAUUCAGAUCCUACCAUUGAUGUCUUAUUGCUUACGACCCAUGUGGGCGGGCUUGGUUUGAACCUUACAUCUGCAGAUACCCUUGUAUUUGUGGAGCAUGACUGGAAUCCUAUGCGCGACCUUCAGGCUAUGGAUAGAGCGCACAGGUUAGGUCAGAAGAAAGUAGUUAAUGUUCACCGUCUGAUAAUGCGUGGUACUUUGGAAGAGAAAGUUAUGAGUCUACAAAAGUUUAAAGUGUCAGUGGCUAAUGCUGUCAUUAAUGCGGAAAAUGCUAGUUUGAAAACAAUGAAUACAGAUCAGCUGCUUGAUUUAUUUGCAUCAGCAGAAAUCCCGAAGAAGGGGUCUUCUGCUGUGAAGAGUUCAGAAGACAACGCUGAUGGAGAAAUAGGCAGUGGAAAGGGAUUGAAAGCAAUACUUGGGGGAUUGGAGGAUCUAUGGGACCAAUCACAAUAUACAGAAGAGUACAAUUUGAGUCAAUUUUUGGCAAAGCUUAAUGGUUAA